GCCAGAGACGGAAGUCUGCAAGAGAGUGGGGUUCCCAGGUGGUACCCUAGGAAUGUGGAGGGGGGGCCGGCAAGGAGCUGCCCCGGCGUUGCCUGGGGGGCGGAGCCUGAGGCCGCCGGGGCUUCGAAUCGUGAGGGGUCUGGGAGCUUCGGGAGCGAGUCAUCGUCGCCGACGGGAGGGAGCUGACUGCCCUCCUUCUUGACAUCUUUCCCUCCCCCUCGUCAUGAGCCUAUUCGGGACACACCUUGAAUCCUGUGGUUCCCCAUUCACUGGUGGUACCAGGAUGUGGGGCGCAGGAAGCUCCAUGGCCUGGUUUUCAGCUGGCUCAGGCAGUGCGAAUGUGAGCAGCGUGGACCCGGCAGAGGAGCCCACAGGCCCGGCCACCCUGCUGCCCUCUCCCAGUGCCUGGGAUGUGGUGCUGUGCAUCUCGGGCACCCUGGUGUCCUGCGAGAACGCGCUGGUCGUGGCCAUCAUUGUGGGCACGCCUGCCUUCCGUGCCCCCAUGUUCCUGCUGGUCGGGAGCUUGGCCGUGGCUGACCUGCUGGCAGGCCUGGGCCUGGUCCUGUACUUUGCGGCUGUCUUCUGCAUCGGCUCGGAGGAGAUGAACCUGGUGCUGGUCGGCGUGCUAGCCACGGCCUUCACGGCCAGCAUCGGCAGCCUGCUGGCCAUCACGGUGGACCGCUACCUUUCCCUGUACAAUGCCCUCACCUACUACUCAGAGACCACGGUCACUCGGACCUACGUGAUGCUGGCCUUGGUGUGGGUGGGUGCCCUGGGCCUGGGGCUGGUUCCCGUGCUGGCCUGGAACUGCCGAGACGGCCUGACCACGUGCGGCGUGGUCUACCCACUCUCCAAGAACCAUCUGGUGGUCCUGGCCGUCGCCUUCUUCAUGGUGUUGGGCAUCAUGCUGCAGCUCUAUGCCCAGAUCUGCCGCAUCGUCUGCCGACACGCGCAGCAGAUCGCCCUCCAGCGACACCUGCUGCCUGCCUCUCACUACGUGGCCACCCGCAAGGGCAUCGCCACGCUGGCCGUGGUGCUCGGCGCCUUUGCCGCCUGCUGGCUGCCCUUCACUGUCUACUGCCUCCUGGGAGACGCCGACUCCCCGCGUCUCUACAGCUUCCUCACCUUGCUCCCCGCCACCUACAACUCCAUGAUCAACCCGGUCAUCUACGCCUUCCGCAACCAAGACCUGCAGAAGGUUCUGUGGGCCAUCUGCUGCGGCUGCUCCGCUUCCAAGAUCCCCUUCCGGUCCCGGUCCCCCAGCGACGUCUAGCUUCACCCUGGCGAGCCGACCAGUGGCUCUGGCGGCUCGCUGUAGAGCGAGGAUGGUAGGACCACCAGGGGCCUAGUUCCCUUCCCCCGCCCCAGCUCCGCGCCCUUCAGACCCAGCUGGUUCUGGAGUUCUAGGACAUUUGGGUGUUUCAGGAUCUUGUUCAGGAUUCCCACAGGGGCCCGGCCCAGCGGGCUCCGCGGUUCUAGAGUGUUCCAGAGGGUCAGCGGCC